AUGAGACGUUUCCAGCCCAGCUCGCUCCUGCUCUGCGUGGUGGCUGCUGCUGCCAUCCCCGUGGUGCCCUGGAAGGUGAGAUGCCCGGCACGGUGCGUCUGCCAGAUCCGGCCCUGGUACACCCCCCGCUCCGUCUACCGGGAGGCUGCCACCGUGGACUGCAACGACCUGUUCAUCUCCACCGUGCCCCCAGAGCUGCCGGAGGGGACCCAGACCUUGCUCCUGCAAAGCAACAACAUCGCCAGGCUGGAGCAGAGCGAGCUGGAUUAUCUGAGAAACCUCUCGGAGCUGGACCUGUCGCAGAACAGCUUCUCCCACGUCUGGGAUUUCGGCGUGAAGAGUAUGCCCCAGCUGCUCAGCCUGCACCUGGAGGAGAACCAGCUUACUGAGCUGCCCGACGGCAGCUUCCCCGGGCUGGGCAACCUGCAGGAGCUCUACCUGAACCACAACCAGCUCCACAGGAUCGCUCCUCACGCCUUCUCCGGCCUCGGCAGCCUGCUGCGGCUCCACCUCAACUCCAACCUCCUGAGGACGGUGGACAGCCGCUGGUUCCAGAUGCUCCCCAGCCUGGAGAUCCUCAUGAUCGGAGGCAACAGGGUGGAUGUGAUCUCGGAUAUGAACUUCAAGCCCCUGUCGAACCUGAGGAGUUUGGUUUUGGCAGGCAUGAGCCUGAGGGAGAUCUCGGACUACGCGCUGGAAGGGCUGCGGAGCCUGGAGAGCCUCUCCUUCUACGACAACAAGCUCCUGAACGUCCCCAAGCGGGCGCUGCAGCAAGUUCCUGGCCUCAAGUUCCUGGAUCUGAACAAAAACCCCUUGCAGAGGGUCAAGCAGAGCGACUUCACGAACAUGCUGCACCUCAAAGAGCUGGGGCUCAACAACAUGGAGGAGCUGGUGUCCAUAGAUCAAUUCGCCUUGAUCAACCUCCCCGAGCUGACCAAGCUGGACGUGACCAACAACCCCAAGCUCUCCUUCAUCCACCCCAAAGCCUUCCACCACCUUCCCCAACUGGAAACCCUCAUGCUCAACAACAACGCCCUAAGUGCCUUGCAUAAGCAGACGGUGGAAUCCCUGCCCAACCUGCAGGAGAUCAGCAUCCACAGCAACCCCAUCCGCUGCGACUGCGUCAUCCGUUGGGUCAACAGCACAGAGAACCACAUCCGCUUCAUCGAGCCCCAGUCCACCCUCUGCGCCGAGCCCCCCGACCUCCAGAGGAGGCACAUUCGGGACGGCCCCUUCCGGGAGAUGACGGAUCGCUGCCUGCCCCUCAUCUCCACCAGGAGCCUCCCCUCCCGCCUGGAGGUGGCCGACGGUGACAACGUCUCCCUGCACUGCCGAGCUCUGGCGGAGCCGGACCCGGAGAUCUACUGGGUGACCCCUCGGGGGGUGAAGCUGGUCCCCUACGCGGAAGACGGGCGGCACAAGGUGCACCCCGAAGGGACGCUGGAGAUUCGGGGGAUCUCGGCUCGGGAGGCCGGGCUCUACACCUGCGUGGCUCACAACCUCCUGGGGGCGGACACCAGGAGCGUCAGCGUGGUGGUCAACCACUCCUUCCCGCUCAGCGAGGACAGCCUGGAGCUGGUGGUGGCCGACGUCCAAGCCUACCACCUCCUGGUCGCCUGGAAGCCACAUCUCAACACCGUCUCCUCCAACCUCACCUGGUCCAGCUUCGUCCUUCGCUCCAACCUGGACGUCACCAACGUGGCCCGGAUCCCCACGGGGACCCACACGUACAACAUCACCCGGCUCCACCAGGACACGGAGUACUGGGCUUGCCUCCACGUGGCCUUUGUAGACUUGCAGGCCAAGGUGGCUUGUGUGAACGCCAGGACUAAGGAGGCCACCCACCGCUACCGGCUCCCUGAGGGCG